UUUGUGUGGUUAGUAUUCUAUGUCACAUUUAUGUGGACAUUCAGGUAUUUAAAUAUGUGAAAAAUCACUUAGAACUGUGUGGUCAGUUCGGACUUAAAUUAUUUCUCCGGCCAUUAAGGUCAGUCAAUAUACAUUCUUAACGGCUAUUACGUCAUAGCGGUCAACAAAGUCUCAUAUAACACGUGUUUGUGUAGUUUAUUUCAUUUUUGAGAUUAGUAUUAUAAGUUCAUACAUUUUGCUUGACCAGUAGAGUUGGACUCGAGCGGUCAAGACAAGGAAAAGUGCCAACAACAUAAUCUAACUUCCACGAGACUUUUUUUCUGAAAACUAUUUCCGGCGUUUCUUUGGAAAGUCGUAACCAUGGACGCAGUGAAGCCACCGGAUAUUGAAAUUACUGCGCCGGAACCAGUCGUUGCACCGGAAGUUCCACAGCCGUCAGAUAGUUUCCAGGAGAAACCCCCAGAAACGGCCAACAUGGAUCCUGCCUGGGCCAGCAAGUUCAAUAAUUCCAGCAAGGAACGGGAGUAUUUGGCCAGGACAGCAUGGCUGCUUCUAGAUGCCGGAACAUCCGCUCUACGCACCGUUUUCGAUAGCGUACAUCCUCCGUUAAAUCUCCGGGACCAUCUCGCGCAGGCGCACGUGCGAUCAGUGCUUGUCCGUCUUCAUGAAGAACAAAAAGUAUUGACAGAUAACCAAUGGAAACUGUUGUAUCCUCUGAAGAAAAAGCACGUGCUGUCACAGAAAUAUGACAGCCACCUACUUCUGACUCUGUUACAAUCCGUGUGUCAUUUGUGUCCUCCCUAUCCUAAUGGCUGGCACGCCCUACCAAUGUCGACCGACAGUAGCCUCGCAGCCGAUAUCGUCCGGAUGCAGCUCCUCUACCAACAGGUGGCGUCUAUGGAAUCGAUGGCGAUAGACGAAUAUACCCGAAUUUGGCGGCAAGCGAGUGAGGUGCUCUUCCGGUUAGGCGGUCCCCCCAUCCGGGUGAAAAUACAUCGAAUUGAACACGAGGUCAUGACACCGGAAAUGCAGACGCACUACAUCACCACAUUUAUGACAGCAUGGGGAGACGGGCGGAAGCUUAUCUCUUCACCCAAAUCAGCCGACUCACUCCGGAGAGCGCGGAGGAAUCGUCAAGCCAAACAUAGCAACGAUCAAAAUGGUUUAUCACCAGAAGACAAAGCCGUUUGGAGGAAGGUUCACAAGAUGUUAGUAGAUAACAUUGUAGCGGAUGACCUUCUGGACAGACUUCAGCAGAACCAGGUAAUCAAGUUCAGCGACCGCCAGGAAAUCCUUUCCAUCACCAAGAACUCCGAGCGGAUGGUCAACCUCCUGAACAAGAUCCUGAACUCGAAAAACUCCACCGCGUUCAAAGCGCUUCUCGAGGCAAUGAAAUACAAGUACAAGAAGAUACACGAAGAGGUCGUGCAGAUCCGAAAAGAAACUUACAAGAAUGGCGUCCGGGACAAUGUGGAUGUAGUGGGCGUGGUCAGUGAGGUCCUAUGUAACCACUACAAACAGAACUACAACAAGUGUCAGCCUUUCCCUUGGAACGAAUCUGUUACCGUCAACAUCCGGGACAUCUACACACCGCUAGACAUCCUAAACUCGGACGGAAAGAGGCUGCAUCUUCACGAUUUCUGCCCACCGCCGACCACAAAUGGGCGUGGACCACGAGUGAUGUUGGAAGGCGCAAGCGGAAGUGGCAAGUCCGUUUUAUGUCAGACGGUGUCCUACCUUUGGGGGUCCCAGAAGUCUUUCUUCCGACAUCGCUAUCCCAUCUUCCUUCACGUGGAUCUGCAGACUAUGGAAGGCGGCUUCUACGAAAGUCUUUACGAAAGGUUAAUCCCCGCCGGAUUUAGUCUCGACCUAUCAGGAUUCCGUAGCAUGCUAGAGGAGCACUCGUAUGACGUCAUGCUGCUUGUAGACGGAUACGACGACGGAAGUGACGUACCGGAACUGAAAACCAUUUUGUCAGGUGAAAGCCUUCGACUUGCGACGGUCAUCGUUGCUGCAAACCCUGAACUUAUUUCUUCUGGUCAUUUCACACCCGACAGUAAAAUGUUCUGUAUGGGAUUCAGCCAGACCAACGCUAUCAAGUGCGUCACGAACUUCCUCGAGCAAUUCAAAGCCAAUAUCGAACACCACGAAGACUUCCUAGGCAUCAUGGCGAACGAGAAAUGGGCGCUGAGACCUUAUCUCAAUCUUCCGAUCGUAGUGUUGCUCGUGUUCGGUUAUUAUCAGACGACGAAAAAACCCAAACUUCUGGAAAUUGAAACAGUGACAGGACUUUUUGAGUCAUACGGCAUCUCGAUGGCAAUGCACCUUUGCAAAAAGCAAAAGAUUGACGUCAUAGGGUACGAGUUCCCCGAAGACAUCAUUACCGGUGUGGAAAAGUUAGGAAACUUCGCUUUUAACACACUUCUUAGCAACCGAAAGGCUUUCGGAGAGGAUGAACUUACACUGGAAAUUGAGAACCCAAAUGCAUUCAAACUUUGUGCCUUUUCCAAAUUCAUGCUUGGUUCUAAGGUCAAGUUCCUGUGUGGACUUAUGCAAGAUUUUCUUGCGGCGAAACAUCUCGCGGAUUUCGUAAUGGAUGACAUCGUCAAAACUAUUAAAGAUAAUGGGAUGACGAAGAAGCCAAAGUUCACACAAGUAGUGAGUCUGUUGUCCGGUCUAUAUAGAUUUGAUUACGACACAUCUGUUCUUCGUGCCAUUUUCACGGAACUUGCUGUACGUAACAUCCGGCAGACGCGCGUGCCGACCGGACAUGAUACAGAAACAUCUUCGUCAGAGAAGAAAUUAAGGCCCCCUAGCGGACAAAUCAUGGAUUUCAAUACAAGUCUUCAGUCUCUCAUUGAAUGUCAGUCACGUGAUGACGUGUGCAAAAUCGUCGCGCAGUCUUUACCGCCAAAUAUCUUAGUUCGGCGAGAGGGGCUCAUACCAUCUAAAUGUCUUUACGCUUUACAAAACGUACUUCGGUUCGAGGAUAACCGAUUGACGCACUUGGAAUUCCAUCUGCAGCCCAUGUAUAUGUAUCAACAAAGCCAGUUUAAUGAUAUCGCCAUCGCAGCUGCAAGAAACAAAAACCUUACUAGCCUUAAAGUUCAGUGGUCAUCGCUUGACCUCAUGUCCAAGUUCAUGUGUACUUUUAUGACGGAAACUGACCAUAUCGAGCAUGUGACUUUAGAAGAUGUGUGUAGAAAACCUUUGACAACUGUGCCUGCCUCUACAUGGGCUGCACUGCAAACAACGUGUGAAAAUAUGUCAAAAGCGUCGCGCGUGUCCUUCAUCAACUCCAAGGUUGCAGCAGUGACCUACUUUGUCCUUCAACACCUCCCGCACUCGGUCGAGGAGCUCGACCUGCACGGUUGCGCAAUGAACAUGAUGUGUUCGAGCGAAAUCAGCGGGAAACUUGAGAAGAGUACAACACUAGAAAAACUUGACCUGACAGGGGCUCAUUUGUCGGGUUCCGAAUUCGUCCCAAUAUUGCAAGGUCUAAAGCUGUGCAGUACCAUCAAACACCUUAAGAUGUGUGGCGCCAAGCUUGACCGACUGGCUGUGGACGCGCUAUCCGAGUGUCUCAAGCUGACCAGGUCACUGCAGGUACUUGACCUUAGCGAAUGUCAGCUGACCACCGACAUGUGUCAAAAACUGGCUGGAGCCAUUGUCCAGAACCGGACACUUCAGAGACUGGUGCUGAAAAAGACCAAAGUGACGUCAGAAGGUCGAGAGGCCAUCUCGCAUACGAAAUUAGACCAGGUCAAGGUUGUCGGACUUGAUGAAAAUGUCCACGUGGUGAACGCAAUGUAGUGCUCAAAUGGUAGACUCCACGGCUUUCAAUACGCUUAUGUGCGAGACAACAUGGGAUAUAUUCACAUAUAUAUAUUUACAUUUGCCCCCGCGCCAUCCCAUUACAACAGUGUUAGAGGGCAAGUGUAA